CGGCGUCGUACCCGGAAGUGAGAGCGCAAAGGUGAAGCGGUGAGCGACGGACAUGGCUCGUAGUUUACUGUCCAGAGCUGCCGGUGUGUUUCAGCUCAGCAGGACAACAACGCUGCUGACUGGGACUCGUUUUUACGCUCACAGCACAGAACCGGAGCCGCUGACACUGAGACAACAAAACAACGGAAUAAGGAGAAUAAUAUUAAACAAUCCCAAGAAAAGGAAUGCUCUGUCUUUGUCCAUGCUGGAAUCCCUCAGAGAGAACAUCCUGACUGAUGUAGACAGUGAAGAUCUCAGAGUUAUUAUCAUAUCAGCCAAAGGCCCAGUGUUUUCCUCUGGACAUGACCUGAAGGAGCUGACAUCAGCUCAGGGCAGAGAUUAUCACACAAAAGUGUUUCACACCUGUGCAGAGGUAAUGACUCUAAUACAAGACAUACCUGUUCCAGUGGUUGCCAUGGUGAAUGGUGUUGCCACAGCGGCUGGUUGCCAGCUUGUUGCCAGCUGCGACAUUGCUGUGGUGACGGAGAAGUCCACCUUUGCCACUCCGGGUGUCAACGUUGGUCUGUUCUGCUCGACGCCAGCAGUGGCCAUUGGCAGAGCUGUGCCGAGGAAGGUUGCCAUGGAGAUGCUGUUCACAGGAAGUCCCAUCUCAGCCCAUGAUGCUCUGCUGCAUGGUCUGGUCAGUAAGGUGGUUCCAGAGGAGCGACUGGAGGAGGAGACGUUGGCUAUCGCCCAGCGGGUGUGUCAGGCUAGCCGACUUGUUGUAGCCCUUGGUAAAGCUACUUUCCAAAGACAAAUGGCUCAAGGCAGAGAUGCUGCUUAUGCCACCGCCUCCAAGGUGAUGGUCGACAACCUGGCUCUGACAGACGGACAGGAAGGGAUCCGGGCCUUCAUAGAGAAACGCAAACCAGUGUGGAGCCAUAAAGUAGAAAAAGCCCAUGACUGAUGGAUUGUUGGAGAGAUUUAUCACAGGAGAUCACUGCAAUGAUCAAAUUAUUAUCAUGACUGGUACACGUUUUUCAGUCACUGGUGUGGAAUAAUUGGCACCACUCCCAAGUCCAUGAUUGGGCUGUUAAAAUGUAAAUGAAGUUUGACUUGUUGACUUCAUCUUCCCUGAGGAUUUCCUCAUUGUUGCUGAGACUUAAGACAAGUAGCUAAACCACUGUGUGCCUUAAAAGCUGCAGCAUGGAGAUGAGAAGGAAAUAUGCUGUUAAUGUCAGGGGGACUCAAGAUGGCUAAUGACAUGACAGACUCAAUGCUAAAGAAUGCUGCUCAAUGUACAGUAUUUGUAUAAUGUUAAAUGCAAUUAAUAGGCUUACAAAUUGCUAGGAGGUACUUGGAUGUAUCAUUUUCUGCAUAGACAGUGUUAAUUGUAACUAUCAUUUUGAGCUUUUCCAAGGCCUGGAUGGACAUGAAAAUCCUCUGGUUGACUCUUCAGAACAAAAAUUCUUUGAUAAAAUGUCAAAGGUACAAGUGUUUGUACUUAAAAAAGAAAGAAGAGAUGUUAACUUCAACUAUCAAAGUGCAUGAAACAUCUGACCAUCAAGCUUAAAAUAAUAGAGAAUUUAAUAAAAUAUUCAUCAGUUUAAAA